AUGGUAGAAGGUAAUGCUGAUAUAAUAGAAAUAGGAAUGAGGGCGGCAUUUUAUACACAAAGUAUACUAGCAUUUGUAAAAGUAUUUCUGGAAAGGAAUCAAGCUACAGACCCAAUGUUGUUUGGAUUGAUAACAUCCUUAUCCUUAGUAAUAUCUGUCUUAUAUCAAUAUACAGUAAAUGGCUUACACUAUAUAUUUCUAAUAGAAGCAUCGCAACUUGUAUCUCUAUUACUUAUCGCAACAGCCGCUGCGUUUUCUUUUGACAUGUAUGGGCCUAAAUCUAAAAAGUUAGUGUAUAUAGUAGUGGUAUACAUAUUAGUUAAUGCAGUAAUUGCAUCCUUUAACAUAUGGUUAUGGACAACUGCUAAGUGGAAGCUUCCAGGGGAAAGUUGCGGCGACCAAGUGAACGUUUUCAUAAUAAAAUUUCCAUUUAGCGCGACUGGUUGGAUGCGAGACCUCUCGCUAGCAGUAAAUUGUAUCGUGCUAGCAUUCUUAUUGUUAAUAAUUCCUUGUAUUUUAUCCUCACCACCUCCUCAGAGUAUUCAAGAUAUGGACCCAGCAAUAUUAACUGCAACUCGAUGCUGUUAUAUGAUAUUAUUUUUACCAUCACUGGUGCUAUGGAUAACCUCGAUUGAAAUGUCAGUCAAAAGAAAUCCGAUAUCAGGAAUUUGGGACUGGAGCUAUGGACAAGUAACAGCAGUCGUAAUAGCUGCAGGUGAUCUAGUAAAUGUAAUUAUUUUGAUUCUAGCUCCAGAAGAAAAAAAGGAUUAUAAUUAUAAUGAUGAUUAUAAUAAUGAUUAUAACCAUUAUAAUAUUGAUAAAUACGUUUGA